AUGGAGUGGACUUGCAGCCCCUCCUGGAGCAGCAAAAGUCGCGAUGAGCUGCAGAACGACCUGGGCAUGGAGUCGACCUCGCUGGACGACGUUCUGUAUCGCUACGCCAGCUUCCGGAACCUGGUGGACCCCAUCACACACGACCUCAUCAUCAGCCUGGCGCGCUACAUCCACUGCCCCAAGCCGGAAGGCGACGCGCUGGGUGCCGUGGAGAAGCUGUGCCGGCAGCUUACCUACCACCUCAGCCCCCACUCCCAGUGGAGGCGGCACCGGGGGCUGGUAAAGAGGAAGCCACAGGCCUGCCUCAAGGCUGUCCUGUCCGGGAGCCCCCCAGACAACACAGUGGACCUGUCAGGCAUCCCACUGACCUCCCGUGACCUGGAGCGGGUGACCAGCUACCUGCAGCGCUGCGGGGAGCAGGUAGACAGCGUGGAGCUGGGAUUCACAGGCCUCACGGACGACAUGGUCCUGCAGCUGCUGCCAGCACUCAGCACCCUGCCCCGCCUCACCACGCUAGCGCUCAACGGCAACCGGCUGACUCGGGCCCUGCUCCGUGACCUCACUGACACCCUUAAGGACCCCAGCAAGUUCCCCAAUGUCACAUGGAUCGAUCUGGGCAACAACGUGGACAUCUUCUCAUUGCCCCAGCCCUUCCUGCUCAGCCUGCGCAAGCGCUCCCCGAAGCAGGGCCACCUGCCCACCAUCCUGGAGCUGGGUGAGGGCCCAGGAGGUGGGGAGGAGACCUGGGAAGGGACAGUGGACCAGGAGGACCCUGGAGGGGGCCCUGUGGCAUCUGAUGAAGAGGGCGAGGAGACUGUAGCUCAGACAUGACACUGAAGUGGGAGUCUCACCAGGGAGUCCUUGUGGGGUCGGAUGGCUGAGGCAGGUUAGGGGCUCCUCCCAUCAGGAGGCUCAGGCUAUUGCCAAAAAUUGGCCUGGGCAGCCCCACCCCCUGAAGGGCAGACCUACAUCUGGGAGAGGGGAAUUUGUCUAACACUUCUUUGGUCCUCUCCAUCUCCUGAUAAAUACCACUGUCUGCC